GCCCCCUCCCCCCGUUACCUUCUCUGAGAAAUAGGGGGGUUGUGGGUCCCCAGGGAGAGACAAGCGUGUAAGUGAGAAAGUUUCUAGGAAGUUCCUUCUGGGUCCGAGAGACCUCGGAGGACUGGGUCAGGGGUCCAGCAGGACCGAGAGAAAACCGGCAAGGGCCUUGCCAUGGCUAGCUGUGCGAUAAGGAAACUGAGGUCACCCCCACAAGUGGCGCAGCCGGGGUUUGAACCUGGAACUCUGCCGAAUGCUUCGGGUCCGUGGUGCCCAGCCUUCCGACCGGGUCCGUAAAUCAAGAUCUUGCUCCCGGAACGCGCUUUAAAGGCGUCGGGGUCCCCGGGGGAGGGCUGCCGAGCGUAGUACGGCUUCGGAGGCGAGGCGGGCGCUUCUCGCGGAAACUUGUCUGAAAUCUGGCUCCCGGGAGAGGGGACGGAGCUCAGCCAAACUCCCUGCGUUGCUGCGGCCCCACUGCCGUCUGCUUUCCGGAGAUUGGUGGGAGGAGCUGUGAUAAGCGCCUUAGCCAAGCCUGAGGAUGAUAGCUCGUUUCAUGGGGCUCGGAGGAGCGGCCCGCUGGCAACACCGGGUGUCGGAUAAAGGCAUGCUGCGGGCCCUCACCCGGGAGGCACCCGAGGCUUCCGCGGGCCCGCUGCUCCGGGAAGUGGCUGAGGUAGCACCGCACCGCGGGCUCGGAGCCGAGCGUGUUCCCCAGUUCCAAGCCCAGAGGACUGGGCCACCCAGCCGGCCUUGGGAACGUUCUUUACUCUGGCUUAUGAAGCAAGUUUGAAGGCAGAAGACCAGGGUGUGGACCCCAUCGGCGCUUUCUAGCGCGUAGUAAUGACUGGCAGUUAUGGAGUGCUUACCUAUGGACCAGGCACUAGGCCCAUGCUUUGCAACCCUGGUCUCGUUUACUCCUCGGCACGACCUGGGAGUGUGUCUUAACUCAAAUGGGUGAUGAAAAGGAUUCUUGGAAAGUGAAAACUUUAGAUGAAAUUCUUCAGGAAAAGAAGCGAAGGAAGGAACAAGAAGAGAAGGCAGAGAUAAAACGCAUAAAAAAUUCUGAUGAUCGGGAUUCCAAGCGGGAUUCCCUUGAAGAGGGGGAGCUGAGAGAUCACCGCAUGGAGAUAACGAUCAGGAACUCUCCUUAUAGGAGAGAAGAUUCUAUGGAAGACAGAGGAGAAGAAGAUGAUUCCUUGGCCAUCAAACCACCCCAGCAGAUGUCACGUAAGGAGAAAGCUCAUCAUAGAAAGGACGAAAAAAGGAAAGAGAAACGUCGUCAUCGCAGUCACUCGGCAGAGGGAGGGAAGCAUGCCAGGGUGAAAGAGAAGGAACGAGAACAUGAGCGGCGGAAAAGGCAUCGGGAGGAGCAGGAUAAAGCGCGGCGGGAAUGGGAAAGGCAGAAAAGGAGGGAGAUGGCUCGGGAACAUUCCAGGAGGGAGAGGCAUCUGAUUGCUUCCAGGGAUCGUCUUGAACAGCUGGAGCGAAAGAGAGAGCGAGAACGGAAGAUGAGGGAGCAACAGAAGGAACAAAGGGAACAGAAGGAGCGAGAGAGACGAGCUGAGGAGCGACGCAAGGAGCGAGAGGCCAGAAGAGAAGUUUCUGCACAUCACAGAACAGUGCGAGAAGAUUAUGGAGACAAAGUAAAAAUAAGUCACUGGAGUCGAAGCCCAUUACGCCAGCAGCGAGAGAGAUUUGAGCAAGGGGAUGGCAGGAAGCCAGUCAAAGAGGAGAAACUGGAAGAGAGGGAUCCCCUUUCUGAUUUACAAGAUAUCAGCGACAGUGAGAGGAAGACCAGCUCAGCUGAGUCCUCAUCAGCAGAGUCAGGGUCUGGCUCUGAGGAGGAAGAAGAAGAGAGCAGCAGUGAGGAAUCAGAAGAGGAGGAGGAGGAAGAGGAGGAAGAAGAGGAGGAGGAGACAGGAAGCAAUUCUGAGGAAGUAUCUGAGCAAUCUGCUGAAGAAGUAAGUGAGGAAGAAAUGAGUGAAGAGGAAGAGCGAGAGAACGGAAACCACAUCUUAGUGGUUACAGAGUCAAGGUUUGACCGAGAUUCAGGAGAGAGUGAAGAAGGUGAAGAGGAAGUGGGAGAGGGGACGCCGCAGUCCAAUGCCAUGACGGAAGGCGAUUACGUCCCCGACUCUCCAGCCCUAUCUCCCAUUGAGCUGAAGCAAGAGCUUCCCAAAUACCUCCCGGCCUUGCAGGGAUGUCGGAGCGUCGAAGAGUUCCAGUGUCUGAACCGGAUUGAAGAAGGCACCUAUGGUGUGGUGUACCGAGCCAAGGACAAGAAGACCGAUGAAAUUGUGGCUCUGAAACGGUUGAAAAUGGAAAAGGAGAAAGAAGGCUUCCCAAUUACCUCCCUUAGGGAAAUCAAUACUAUCCUGAAAGCUCAGCACCCGAACAUCGUCACUGUCCGGGAGAUUGUGGUAGGCAGCAACAUGGACAAGAUCUACAUCGUGAUGAAUUAUGUGGAGCACGACCUCAAGAGCCUCAUGGAGACCAUGAAGCAGCCCUUCCUGCCAGGUGAAGUGAAGACGCUGAUGAUCCAGCUCCUGCGGGGGGUGAAGCAUCUUCAUGACAACUGGAUCCUUCACCGGGACCUGAAGACUUCCAACCUGCUCCUCAGUCACGCAGGCAUUUUAAAAGUCGGCGACUUUGGACUAGCCAGAGAAUACGGCUCCCCGUUAAAAGCAUAUACGCCGGUGGUGGUGACGCUGUGGUACCGGGCCCCCGAGCUGCUGCUGGGAGCGAAGGAAUAUUCCACCGCAAUUGACAUGUGGUCAGUGGGCUGUAUAUUUGGGGAGCUGCUCACCCAGAAGCCCCUCUUUCCAGGGAAGUCGGAGAUCGACCAGAUCAACAAAGUGUUUAAAGACCUAGGAACUCCCAGUGAGAAGAUCUGGCCUGGCUACAGUGACCUUCCAGCAGUAAAGAAGAUGACUUUUACCGAAUAUCCCUAUAAUAAUUUGCGGAAAAGAUUUGGGGCCCUCCUCUCCGACCAGGGCUUUGACCUGAUGAACAAGUUCUUGACCUACUAUCCUGGCCGGAGGAUCAAUGCUGAAGACGGCCUGAAGCACGAGUACUUCCGAGAAACGCCCCUUCCCAUCGACCCUUCCAUGUUCCCCACGUGGCCGGCCAAGAGUGAGCAGCAGAGGGUUAAGCGUGGCACCAGCCCCCGCCCCCCGGAAGGAGGACUUGGCUACAGCCAGCUGGGAGACGAUGACCUCAAAGACACCGGCUUCCAUCUCACCACCACCAAUCAGGGAGCCUCUGCCGCCGGCCCAGGCUUUAGCCUCAAGUUUUAAACUCCACGCCGGGCUGCAGAGCAGAGGAAGCCCUGGCUGAGCCAUGGCCUGACUGUGGCACUGUCCGUGUCGCGGGGGCAGAGGGACUGGGAACCUCCCCUCCCUUGCCUGCCCGCCCGCCACGGAGACACGCAGCCACGGAGGGCCCAGAAGAUGGGGAGGUCCACAAGAGCUGUGUUCUGGGAACUCGUGUGUUUUGUUCUCGGUUUGAUUUUUUAUUUUAUUUUAUUAUUAUUUUUUUUUUUACAUUUUGUCUUGGGCUUGUAAAUUUGUAGAAUCCAAAGUCCAGCUCUCCUUGUCAAGCUGGCAUUUCCUUAGGCUGCCCACUGGGGGCCCAUCCUGACUCUCUCCAUCCAUGGGGCGGAGCAGUCAUUCUGAAAGCUAGCGCCCAGGAGCCAUCGGGGCGGACACCAGCCUUGGGGGUCUCUGCUCUUCACUGUGACACCCACAGACGAGUAGCUUGUCUCCCCCCAGCACUCAUCCAGCCACACCGUGGGGAGAGCCGGCAGUCCUUGGGCCCCCAGCACCCAGAGCUGGUGGUUUUCUAAACAUCUCAACACAUGUGGUGUGAGCCCCCAGCAGGGCCCCCAUCGUCCCACCCCGUCCUCGGCACGCUCCCCAUCCGUGCCCACCUCGACAUCGGCAGGAAGCCUCUCCGUGUUUUCUACUCUCUUGAGCCUCGGUUUUCUAAGGGAACGGCUAGGCCCCCUCCCUGGGCGCAGGGCGGGCGGCCCGGGGCUGGGGCGGGUUCUGUACAAAGUUGGACAUUCAUGCAAACUUAGCCACAGUGAAGUUUUUGUAUAUUGAGAUUGUCAUAAAUUUUAAAAUAUAGUAAAAUAUUCUUGGAGGAAAC